AUCGCUGCCAUUGCCAGAGGAUCUGCCAAUUUCCAAUUCUUUUUCGCCUGUAAUUUAUUAUGUCUCACCUCAAUUUUAACAUUUCUAAUUAAAAUGGUUUAAAAUAAGGAGCUGUCGAAUAGUGUUUAUUUAAUUUUAAUUUGAUACAGAGAGUGUAUAUAUUAAGCCUGUAAAAUGAGUGUCUUCAAAUCAGCGAUGGGGUACUUCAGUUCUGGAGGUGCCAACGGAGGCAGCGAUAAUGAUUUUGUUGGUCAAUUUGUAGAAAUCGGGAACAUGAAACUGCGAGUAAAAAAAGUCAUAGCUGAAGGUGGUUUUGCUUUUGUGUUUGUUGCUCAAGAUAUAUCUGUAGGCACAGAAUAUGCUUUAAAAAGGCUAAUGGCAGCUGAUGAACAAGCAAACAAGAAUAUUAUACAGGAGAUUAGCAUAUUAAAAAAGUUAUCGGGCCACCCUAAUAUAAUAAAGUACAUUGCUGCAUCAUUUAUAGAAAAGUCGAAGACUACCCAUGGAAUGGGAGAAUAUUUAUUAUUAACGGACCUAUGUAGCGGUGGUAGUUUAAUGGAGGCGUUACAGAAUAGAGGGCAGGCAUUUCCAUUGCAAACUAUUUUAAGAGUAUUCUAUCAGACGUGCAGGGCUGUGCAGCACAUGCAUAAUCAAGUACCACCUAUUGCACAUCGUGAUCUCAAACUAGAAAAUUUCUUAAUAUCUAAUGAAGGUACAAUAAAAUUGUGUGAUUUCGGAUCGGCUACGACCGACGUAUACACACCGAACCCUUCAUGGAGUGCAAAUCAGAGAAAUAUGCUAGAAGAAAAUUUGGCUCAGUUCACAACACCGAUGUACAGAGCCCCCGAGAUGCUGGAUACCUGGGACAAUCGUAAAAUAGACCAUUCUGUGGACAUCUGGGCGCUGGGCUGCAUCCUGUACACCCUCUGCUUCAUGCAGCACCCAUUCGAGGACUCCGCUAAACUGGCCAUACUGAACGGCAACUAUAACUUGAACCCCAAUGAUCAACGAUAUAAAUGUUUUCAUGAAAUCAUAACGGGCUGCCUGACGGUGAACCCCGAGCAGCGGCUGUCCAUCAGCGGCGUGCUGGAGCGGCUGGCGGCCAUCGCGGAGUCCAACAACGUCAAUCUGAAGCAACCACUCAAAUUUGAGCGUAAAAAAGUUGAACAAUCCGUGGCCACUAGCUCGCCAGCGUCUAAGGAUGUGACGUCAAACAGUCAAGAGAUAGCGAACUCCCGCCCGCCGGAGCCGAGCCGGCCGCCGCCGCCGCGGCCCGCGCCCGCUCCGCAGUACCACGCGCCGCUGCCGCCAACACCAGCCUCCGGUGGCCUCUUCUCAUCCAUCAAGGGCGGUGCUGGAAGCUUCCUCAAAAACCUAAAAGAUACCUCGUCUAAAGUAAUGCAAACUGUUCAACAGUCAAUAGCCAGAACUGAUCUAGACAUAAGCUACUUAACUAGUCGUAUAAUUGUGAUGCCAUACCCUUCGGAAGGUUUAGAAAGCGCUUAUAAAACUAAUCAUGUUGAUGAUGUACGGGCGUUCCUCGAAAGUCGUCACCCGGGUAAGUAUUGCGUGUACCACGCGUGCCGCGGGCGGGCGAGCUUCGCGCGCGUGGCGCAGGAUGCGUCGCGUGCGCUGUGGCCCUCCCCCGCGCACCGCGCGCCCCUGCUCUCGCCCUACUACGCCCUGCUGCAGCACAUGUACCACUACCUCGGUAGUGACGAUAGAAACACUAUUGUUAUCACUUGUCAGGACGGUAAAUCAAUGUCUUGCAUGCUACUCUGCGGGUUACUUCUUUACGCGAAACUGGUGACUGUUCCGGAGGACGCUCUCCAGAUAUUUGCAGUGAAGCGAUCUCCGAUCAGCAUAUCUCCUGCACAGCUGCGUUAUUUGUACUACCUUAGUAAUAUUGUACGACCAGAGCCAGUACUCCCACACUUUAGGCCCGUGUCUCUGGUGUCUUUGACAAUACAACCAGUGCCAUUGUUCACAAAAGCAAGAGACGGCUGUCGACCUUACAUAGAGAUUUACAAUGAAGAUCGUUUGAUUUUGUCAACGGUUCAAGAAUACGACAGGAUGCAUCUCUACAUGAUGGCUGAAGGGAAGGUGACGCUGCCGCUGGACAGCACGGUGACGGGCGACGUGGUGGUGAGCGUGUUCCACGCGCGGCAGCAGCUGGGCCGCGUGCUGGCCGUGCCCAUGCUCGCCCUCAGCUUCCACACCGGCUACCUGGCCUACGACCAGCACGCGCUCAAGUUCACCAGGUCUGAAAUCGACGGCAUCGAAGACUCAGGUCCAGUGAACGAUCACUUCUCGUCCAACGUGAGUGUUGUGGUGAGCCUGGUGGUGCAGCACGGCGAGCGCCGCAAGCCGCGCUGCGACCUCUGGGAGGAGGACCACUCCUUCCCCGUGCGCACCCCCGACCUCCUCUUCUCCACCACCUUGGAGCGAGAUGAGACUGUCGACAACUUUGUAACAACAGACUAUCCACCUAAAGAUGUGGAGAAGCGUCCCCCCGCGCGCCCCGCACCUCCCUCUCCGCAGCCGCCGCGCCCCGCGCCCCCACCGCCACAACAACAACAACAACCACACAACGACACCGCAGAUCUACUCAAUAUAUCCAAUUCAGAGCAAAAGGCAAAAGCACAGAAAUUGAAGAGCGAUGACUCCUUCGAUUUCUUCGGCAUGAUGGAAAAACAAACUGACGAUGCUUUCGGGGAUUUCCUUAGCGGAAAAACGACGGAUAACGGACAGUCUAUUUUCGGCGAUCUACCACCGCCUUCGGAUCCCCCCGUCACCCGCGCCAACGUCAACUCUAGUGACCCCCUUAACUUCGACCCCUUCGGCCUCAACGACCCCCUGCCCAAGCAAGAGGCGCUGCUCACACCACUGAUUAAGGAUGAAGGUCGUUCUCAAAGCGUACCAUUAGACCAAGCACAACCAACACGGAAGGAUCCGUUCGCUGACUUCAGUCUGCUCGGAUCUAACAUGCCGGCCAACUCCACGCAGUCGACAGGAUCUAUUGGCUCCACGGGAUCGGCACCAGGAGCGGCGCCAGGGGCAACCGCACCCCUAGGGGCCAUGGCACCUCCGACAGCCGCGGCACCUCCGGGGGCUAUGGCACCUCCGGGGCCGGCUGGUACCACGCCCCUGCUGACCCCUCGUAGUUCCCCUGCGCACACUCCCGCACAUCAGCCGCACACACCAGCCAGGUCUCCAGCACAUCAACCGGAUUAUAGUCGGACGCAUUUCGAAACAGCGAAGACCCCCGCCGAGGAGAAAUCGAAGAAGUCGACGGACAUAUUCGGCGAGCUGCUCGGCAGCCAGGGGUACGACUUCGCCACCAAGCGGGACGCGGGGCCCAAGACCAUCAACGCAAUGCGCAAAGAGGAAAUGGUCAAGGAAAUGGACCCCGACAAACUUAAGAUACACGAAUGGACGGAGGGCAAGAAGGCGAACAUCCGCGCGCUGCUGUGCUCGCUGCACACGGUGGUGUGGGCGGAGUGCCGCUGGGCGCGCUGCGACAUGGCGCAGCUGGUCUCCGCCGCGGACGUCAAGCGCAACUACAGGAAGGCCUGUCUCGCUGUACAUCCAGACAAGCAAAUGGGCUCAUCUAAUGAGAACAUUGCGAAGAUGAUAUUCAUGGAACUGAACAACGCAUGGAGCGACUUCGAGAACGACGCAAAACAACAAAACCUCUUCCAAUCUUAAUCUUUCCCUCAGCAAAUACAUAAUUGUUAUUAAUGCUUACAGUUGGUGUACAACCGGCUUUAUUAGUUUAAGUAGGGUUGUCAACUGCUCUGUUAGUUUAAGUAUUUUAUAUGUGCUGUUAGAAUAGCGUAAAAUUUAAAUCGAAUUUACAGAACAUAAAUGUUAAUUCAACAUAGACGGUACUCAAUAUAGAAGUAUUUAUAGUUUUUUUGUUCUGGCAACAUUAUCAACGAAGGUUUUUAUACCAUUGCUUUCAAACAUUUAUGUCUAGAUGUAUUCAAUGCAAUGAAUAGCGUAUAUGAGUAAUUAAAAAAAAUAUUUUGAAUUAAAUUAUAAAUAGCCUAAUUUUUAAUUACAUUUGCUGUAUAACUCUUUCUCUUUCGUAACUCCCGUUCUAUUAUGUCUGUCUCUUUCACUCAAUGUUCUUUAAAGUUAUUUUUAGGCAAAGACACAAGCUUGUCUUGUCUUGGUGCAUAAAUAUAAUAAUAAUCAAGUAUGUUACGUUUUGUGUUUGAGUAAUGUAAAUGCGUUUUUUAUACAAUAUAAGGUGGCAAACGAGCACGCGGCUACUUGAAUCCACCGAAAUGGAAAGCGACCGAUGCCCAU